UUGUCUGUGUGCAAUGAAAACUGCAAUCCUGGCUACAGCAGGAAAAAGAAAGAAGGAGAGAAAUUUUGCUGCUAUGAUUGUGCUCUGUGUCCAGAAGGGAUGGUCUCUAAUGAGAAGGACAUGGAUGCCUGUGUCAAAUGUCCAAAAGAACAGUAUCCCAACAAGGACCAAAGUCAAUGCACUCCAAAGGUUGUAAACUACCUCUCUUACGAAGAAGAUUUAGGGAUCAUCUUAACUAUAUUGGCUAUUUCUUUCUGUUUGAUCACAAGUUUUGUACUUGGAAUUUUUAUGAAGUACAAGGACACUCCCAUAGUGAAAGCCAACAACCGAACGCUCACCUACAUCCUCCUCAUCUCCCUCUUCCUUUGCUUCCUCUGCUCCUUGCUUUUCAUCGGACAGCCUGGAAACCUCACCUGCCUUUUCCGACAAACAGCCUUUGGCAUCAUAUUCUCUGUGGCCCUUUCUUCUGUGUUGGCAAAGACCAUCACUGUGGUUCUGGCUUUCAUGGCAACCAAACCAGGAUCUGGAAUGAGGAGAUGGGUGGGGAAAAGAAUGGCAGAUUCUAUUGCCCUUUCCUCUUCCUUGAUUCAAGCUGGCAUUUGUAUUCUUUGGUUAAGCACCUCCCCUCCUUACCCAGAUAUGGACAUGUACUCAUUGGAUAGGGAAAUCAUAGUGGAAUGUAAGGAUGGUUCCGCUUCCAUGUUUUACUGUGUCUUGGGCUACAUGGGCUCACUGGCCACUGUCUGCUUUGUUGUGGCUUUCCUAGCCAGGAAGUUGCCAGACAGUUUCAAUGAAGCCAAGUUCAUCACUUUCAGCAUGUUGGUGUUUUGCACUGUUUGGUUAUCGUUUGUUCCAACCUAUCUAAGCACCAAAGGGAAAUAUAUGGUGGCUGUAGAGGUCUUUUCCAUCUUGUCCUCGAGUGCUGGGUUACUGGGCUGCAUCUUUUUCCCUAAAUGCUACAUCAUUCUGCUCAGGCCUGAGCUGAACAACCGGGAUCAAUUAAUAAGAAGAAAAUAA